AUGACCGCGGCAUGCUGUGCUUUGUUUGCCAGCAGCCAGGGCAUAUGGCGCGGGAAUGUCCCAACAAAAGACACGGGGACUUUGGAGACACAAACUGGAAGAAGGAAAAGAACGCGGUUCAAGGCGCGAGAACGCAAGGCGAACAUGCAAGUGAAGAGUAUGAAGGCGCCACCACCGCCUACCAUGUAUGACGACGGACGGCUGAACAACGUGCAGGAAGUUCCUGAUUGCCCUGACACCGGAGCAGACCAGGACAUCAUGCCAAUGGCCAUGCUCGACGACCUUCAAGUCGUGCCACCAGAUGCCGUUCAAAGCCAGUUCCUACGUGGACCUUACGCUAACCAUGCCGACGGUCCGGUUAAGGUAACCGGCAAGCGCCGCUCCUACGUGGUUUACGAUGGGGACGAGUUCCUCGUCUCGGACGAUACCCUCAAGUCCAUUGGCAUUGACAUUGACCGCAUACUGGAACAUAUGGUGCAGUAUGCGGUCAAUGUCAAUGCCAAUGGACUUGAGAGUAUCGUCCGUAGGGUGGAUGAUGAUGGCGAUGACCUGGAAGAAGUCGGUGCCGAUUGCGUGGAAUUGCCCCAGCGAUCGGCCGUCCGAGCCGCGUCCUUGAAGGCAGUGACACAGGUGAAUCCGCUGAAGGUGACCCCGAGGGUGGAUGUGUUUCAUGUUGAUGCAAACCUCCUUGAGGUGAGGUUCCUCAAGCUGCUUGCAGAAGAAUUUGUCGAGGCGGGUGUGAUCAAGAGCAUGCAGAGUGCGUGGUGCAGCCCGGUGAAACCAGUCCAAACCAGAUGGGCGCAAGUCAUUAAAGCGCCACGUGUUUACGACAUCUUGGUAAGUGUGGAAUUCACUUUGCUUCCCCAGCUGUUGUUAAUCACGUGGGGCGCUAGUUUACACUUGAAUUUUUACCGGUCACAUCCGUGGGGCACAGCAUCCAUUGCGCAUACCCAAUGA